UUUUUGGGUCCGUUUUUUUCCCCCCUGGAUACUACUUGUCUUUUUCUUCUUACCUCAUCGUUUUACUUUUUUACAUUCCUCUCCUGCUGUUCUCUCCAGUUUGGGUGAUCAUUAUUCCCUCGUUUCUUGUCGCCGUCUCUCCUCUCCUCCUUCCCUCUUUAAGUCUUUUCUGGCUAUGAACCAUGCUCUCCUCUCCUACUGUGAUUCUCCAGCCGUAUGGACUGCCUGUGUAUCCUCAAACUGCCUCCUGCUACCCGAGCAUUGUGCAGGGUGCCCCAGCUCAGGAGGCUGGGCCUGGCAGUGGUGAUCCCACCCUGCCCCAGGUUUAUGCCCCGCCUCCAACCUAUCCUGCUCCUGGACAAGCCCCACCCACUCCCGCUGGCCGACUUCCACCUCUGGAGUUCAGCCCAGCGCAUCCCGCCCCAGAGUAUCAGGACCACCACCAACUGAGGGUCUAUCAGAACUCCCAGCAUGAAGGAGCGGAGACCAUAAGUGCAAGCAGCACGGAUGAUUCUUUGGCUCCAGUGACCUCUGACCCACAGUCUCUCAGCGUUUCUGUAUCAUCAGGAGGAUCGGGAGGGAGUGGAGGAGAAGAGGAGGGAGCUGGCAAGACGCAACCAAAAAGACUUCAUGUUUCUAACAUCCCGUUUAGGUUCCGGGACCCCGACCUGCGGCAGAUGUUUGGGCAAUUUGGCAAGAUCCUGGAUGUGGAAAUAAUCUUCAAUGAGCGAGGAUCAAAGGGCUUUGGUUUUGUCACCUUUGAGAGUGCCAUGGAUGCAGACAGAGCCAGAGAGAAAUUAAACGGCACAAUAGUGGAGGGAAGGAAAAUAGAGGUAAAUAAUGCCACAGCCAGAGUGGUUACUAAAAAACCACAGACUCCACUGGUAAAUGCAGCUGGAUGGAAGAUCAAUCCAGUAAUGGGAGCAGUGUACGCACCCGAACUGUACACAGUUGCCAGUUUCCCAUACCCUGUAGCGACACCCACCUUGGCAUACAGAGGGUCUACUCUCAGAGGCCGCGGCCGAGCGGUUUACAACACCAUCCGCUCUGCAGCUGCUGCCACUCCAGCAGCUGUCCCUGCCUACCCUGGCGUGGUCUAUCAAGAUGGUUUGUACAGUGCAGAGGUCUAUGGAGGUUAUCCAGCAGCAUAUCGAGUAGCUCAGUCAGCCUCCGCUGCUGCUGCCGCCACCUACAGCGACGGGUACGGUAGAGUGUAUACCGCAACUGCAGACCCGUACCAUCAUUCCGUAGGACCAACUGCUACAUAUGGAGUUGGAACAAUGGCAAGUCUGUACAGAGGAGGAUACAACCGCUUCACACCCUACUGAGACGCAGGAGGUGCUGUUCACUUCGCCCUUCGAAGUUGGUGAUGCCACCGGAAGAGAGGUUCUCACAUCAAGCUGGGGAAUCGUUCCUUCCUUUCCCUUCCUUCCCUACCCACUAACCCCAGAACAAACUGUAUAUAAUGUAGGACAACAUGACUAUUUAUUCAACACCUGUCAAAAAGGUGAUUUAGUUGUAAAACGUUUACUUAACCUUGCGGCCAGUGUUGAUUGUGAUGCCUCAGGUCGUAGAGAAAUUGGGGGGAACUGAUGCAAUUCCAGGUCCGGAGUGCUGGAAUUUUGUCUUCCAGCUGCAAAACACAAUCUCUCGUGGUUUAUGCCAAAGCUGAGCAGCAGUAGUGUACCGUACUGUUACUGAACUGCCAUAUCAGAACAAUUGCUGUAGUGUUGUGCCUUAGAGGCACAGCAAACCGAUACAGCGACAGAAAUAAUUUGGUCAUUUUUAUGGAUAUGACCAUGUUGUGUUUUACAGUGUUUAAUUUUUGGUAAGCGUGCAAUAAUUUUAACAAAACUGGGGAAGUUUUUAAUAUAACCAUUGCGUAAAUGACAUUAGUGUGUAUGUUUGCGAGCACACGAGUAUAAAUAAUGUUUGCGUGUAUGCGUGCACAUUCAGGGGUGUGUGUGUGUGUAGUCAGUGGACAAUCUACAUUAUCGCAAUGAACCAGAUAUGGUGCGCCGUGUCGAUGCUCAUGAACUCAGAAAUGCUCCUGUCACCACCGUUCAUCGUCCAAAAUUCACUUCAGAACAGUCUACCUCCGCUUGUACAACUUUCAGUUUUCUUUCUCUGUUAAAAAAAAUUUUACCACAAAUUAAGAGGAGACGUGGCACACAGGCAUUAAGCACAGUAUACUUACGUCCAGUCUGCUCUAUUGCUCUUUAAUACAGACUUAAUAGUCUCUCUGCUGUAAUCACACCUUCUGCUUCAGUUUCUGUUGCGCUUGCAGGGCUUGUUAAAUUCUGUUUUCCUCUCUGACUUGCUGGUCCUUCAUAAUUUGUAUUUCCUGUCACUGCUUUUCCUUUCCAAAAGUCUCCUCUCUUUUGUCUUUUCUUUCCAGUCUGUUUUCUAUAGUGUUUGCGUUUUCUCAAUAAACCUAUGAUUUCUCAUGGUU